CUUUCAAGGCCCAGCCCAUUGAAUUCCCGCUGGCUUUCUUCUCGUCCACUGCCCUUUAUUGUGAACCUUCCGCCACCCCUCUCUCUCUCUAUCUCUGUGUCGACUCCCGGCGGACGCACCAGCAGCAGCUGCAUCGACUGCCCCGCUGAGUGACAGAGGCAGCUUCCGAGGUUUCCGGUGGUGCCAUGGCGGACGCCGCUGUCUCAUCCAAUGAUGAGAGACUGCUCAAAGAAGCUCCUCAGUUAGCAGCAGUCUUGAAGGAAAUAAAAGAAGGGCUAGACAAAGUAAAGAGCAAAGUGAAGGACUUAACUGCGAAGGUGAAAGCAAAUCAAUAUCCAACAGCAGACGGGAUAAGCUUUCUCGAUGCAAAACACUUACUUCUCUUAAGCUACUGCCAGUCACUUGUGUAUUAUCUUCUCCGCAAGGCAAAGGGAUUUUCAAUUGAAGGGCAUCCGGUUGUUAGGAGCCUUGUAGAGAUCAGAUUAUUUUUGGAAAAGAUCCGCCCAAUCGAUAAAAAGCUCCAAUACCAAGUCCAGAAACUCACAAGAGUUACUGGGGCUGCCGCAAGCAAUGGAGGUGUCAAUGAAGAGGAAGCAGAUGCUUCAAAGAAGUCAGAAGAUCUGUUAAAUUAUCAUCCAAACCCAGACAUGCUUGUUAGCAAAACGGAUAUGAAUUCUGAGGAUAAUGAUGGAGUUUAUCGUCCUCCAAAAUUCGCCCCCGCUUUGAUGGAUGAAGAUAAGAUGUCAAGACAGGAGAGAAAUGCUCUGAGAAAGGAGAAAGAGGUGCUAAGACAAGCAAGGCAAAGUGCCUAUAUGAGAGACCUGAUGAACGAUAUUGAUGAAAGACCCGAAGAGAUUCGGGAUGUUGUUGGGACUGAAAGUAGAGAGCUUAUUAGGUAUAGGGCACAGAUGGAAGACCGUGCACGCAGAGAAGAGGAGCUCUUUGUGCGCGCUCCACUUACUAAGAUGGAGAAAAAGAAGCAGAAGCACUUAAUGAAGUCAAGAAAUGGGUUGCUUGGACUUGCUGAUAGCUUGUACGAUGAAAUCAAAUCCUUACCUUUAGAGGAAGGUUUUGGUGAACCACCAACUGGCUUCAGUGGUGGGUCAACGAAAUUUAAGAAGCGGAAGGUAUUCGGCUAGUGUUCAUGACUCUGCACAUGCGUUUAGAGGAAGCAUUGAGGGAGAAAAGUUCUCCAUUGAUGGUCUAGCCGUUUAUUCGAAUCGGGAGCACCACAGAAGAAUGCCCUGACGUAUUGGAGUUUUGGCCUAUCUGGGCAGAGAGUCCAUAAUACUCUGGUAUCGUCAUUUUUGGAAGAGAUCCAGGUAACAUAGCAAAAUGGAGUUAGAAUCUGCAGCCUGUAAGCUAGUUUUUCAAGUAGUUAUUACAUUACUAUAGGUUUUUGAAAGAACUUCAACAGGAUUGAAAAAUUAAGUUACUUGGAGAUUUGCUGUCAACAACACAAAUGAUGUGUGACAUUGCUAAAUUACUGGUAUUCACUUGAUCA